AUGCUUUUAUGCCUUUGCUCCAAAAAUCUUGCAGAUAUCUUCAACAAUGAAUCUAUAGACACCAUUCAUCGUUAUCGAGCCAAAACACAAUUCCCCGAAAAAAUAUCACAAGAAUGCGAUUACCAAAUCAAUCCGAUGAUGAAUUCCUAUGAAUUGCACGUCAAAAUCAAAUCAAAUUCACCGAAGAAGUAUCUUCCUCAACGGCAAUUGGCAAAAAAGCUAAUCGAAACCCUAGAAAAACCCUCGACUGAGUCAAAAAAAAGAUCCGAAGAGAUGAGCAGCCCGCCGCCUUUAAUCGAAUCUAAGCCGUUAAAUUCCAGCCAACCAAAUCUAGACGGCUACAAUUAUCCUUUCGAUAUGUACCGUCGAUAUUUAGAUCUAACGGCUGUGAAGGCUACGGUGCAAUCUAGUGAAUCUGGAUCUCUAAUUGUUUUGAGAAAAGAUCUUGGAGCGCCGCGUGUAAUAGACGCGGAUACCGACCGACAUUGUCUCCACUAUUUUGACUAUUUUAUCCACUAA